GAGGGAGCCCGAAGCGCCCAUGGAAGCGGUUGAGUGCCCUGAGCACGGUGAGGGGUCGAGGUCCUUGGAGGCUCCCCGGGGUCUGCCAGGCUGGCGCGGCGUAACCGUGUCACCUUGCUGUCCUUAGGGAUCGCCUGCCUUCUCAAGACCGGCGUCCGCGAUGGCCCGAAUAAAGGCAAGAGCUUCUACGUGUGCCCGGCUGACGCGUGCCGCUUCGUGCUGGCCGCCGCUAUUCCUGUUUCUCAUUGUUUGUUGCAUGAAGACUGUGUGGUAGGGCUUCAGGGUUUGCUUCUACCCCCAGGCAAAGAAGAGUAUAGGAGCCUCAUUCCAAAGAACGUUCUGUAACCAAGUCUCAGUGUGCCUCUGAGCUACUUCAUCAUUCUUCCACCCAGCAGAGGAACCCGUUCAAGGUACUUGACAAGAAUCAAGAGCCAUCUCUCUGGAAACAGUUCACCAAAGGUGAAGGUGAGGAAAAGAUGGUGGAUAAGAAGCAAAAGGAAAAGGGAGACCUACUCCUGGAUCAAAAGGAGGAACGGAAGCCUGAACCCAACUGCUGUAUGAAGAAAAAUCUCUCAUCUGGCCUGGAGGUAAAGAAAAAACAACCAGCACCUCAAGAGCAGCAGCGACGGGAGAAAACAGAGUUGCAGCGUGAAGUGAAGGAGAACAAAGGAAUGCACAAAAGAAACCUUUCUGAGGUGAAAUCCAAGCAGUGCCAUGUUGAGGAGCUGAGAAAACCAUCUGGGUCUCUUCAGGAAAAAUCAAACAUUGAGAGUCAUCACGUCGAAAAGAAAUCAGAGCCUCUGAGGGAGAAGGAAGCCAAGCCUUUGCCUAGAAUUAUUCACAGUCAAAACCCAGUAAGCAAGCCCCCAAAAGGGGAACAUGUCAGCAAAGAACACUCCAAGAGCUGGGAGGCAAGAGAAAUAAAGGCAAGCGACGACCCCAGCUCUCAGACCAACCAGCAGUCAGAGCCUUGGGAUGGGCCUGCUCCCGGGGGACCAGCCGCACAGUGUGCGCCACCAGCCAAGGAGUGCUCCCUGGGACAGAGGCUGGAAGUGGCCUCCAGUCAUGUUUUCACUUCCUCUAAGCCUCCUUUGUUCUUUGGCUUGACCCUGAACUCACAGGAGGAGAGCCUGCCAUUACCUGGUCAGGAUAUGCAGAGAGAAACACCUCCUGCCACAGGUGGUUCCAAGAAGGUAGAACCUUCAGACCAAGCAGCCCAGCAUGUGUACCUCACAGCACAACUGAGGCAAAAGAAGAGCACUCUGAAAUCGGUGAACAUCCAGGCUCUUCCAGACAAGGGUCAGAAGUUGCUCAAGCAAAUUCAGGAGUUGGAGGAAGCCCUUGGUGCUCUUGCCCUCUCCCCAGAGCCAGACACUAAUGAGAAGAGUAACACUCAAGUACUGCAACAGAAGAACAUCACCAAAGCUACCACUGACCCCCCUCACCUGGUGCCUCCCAAACCCCUGCAGGGUGAGGAUCUCCAGCCUCUGGUUUCUCAAGGACUGAAGGCUGUCUGCCCAGUAGCUGCUGGGGAAUCCAGUUGGUGCUCUGGAGGCCCCAUGCAACAAGAUGGGCCUCAUGCCACAUGGAAAAUCAUAAGUAAAGCCAUUGAUGAGCUGCAUGAAUCACUUGAGUCUCGGCCUGGUGAGACCGCUGUGGCAGAGGAUCCAACUGGGUUGAAGGUCCCCUUGCUCCUGCACCAGAAGCAGGCAUUGGCCUGGUUGCUAUGGCGGGAAAGUCAGAAGCCACAUGGUGGAAUUCUGGCGGAUGAUAUGGGAUUAGGAAAAACCCUAACAAUGAUUGCCCUCAUCCUGACCCAGAAGAAUCAAGAGAAAACCAAAGAAGAGGACAAAAACGUGGCAUUGACUUGGCUUUCCAAAGAUGACUCCCGUGAGUUCACUUCCCGUGGCACACUGAUCAUCUGUCCUGCUUCCCUGAUCCAUCACUGGAAAAACGAGGUGAUGAAACGUGUGAGCAGCAACACGCUAAGAGUCUGUCUCUAUCAUGGGCCCAAUCGGGAUCAACGUGCAAAAGUCCUCUCUACAUAUGACAUCGUGAUCACUACCUAUAACCUUCUGGCCAAGGAGAUUCCCACACAGAAAGAGGAGGGAGCGAUCCCCGGUGCAAACCCCAGUAUGGGGAAGGAUAUUGCCAAAACACCUUUGCUUCGAAUAGUCUGGGCUCGAAUCAUAUUAGAUGAAGCCCACUGUGUCAGGAAUCCGCGAGUACAGACUUCCAUGGCUGUGUGCAAGCUACAAGCCCAUGCCCGUUGGGCUGUCACUGGAACCCCCAUUCAGAACACCUUGUUGGAUAUGUAUUCACUGCUGAAAUUUCUUCGCUGUUCUCCAUUUGAUGAUUUCCAACUAUGGAAGAGCCAGGUUGACAAUGGUUCAAAGAAAGGAGGAGAGCGGUUAAGUAUUUUAACCAAGAGCCUUUUGCUGAGGAGAACAAAAGACCAGCUGGACUCCACAGGCAAGCCCUUGGUGAUGCUGCCUCAGCGUCAGUUUCACGUGCACCGCUUAAAGCUUUCUGAAGAUGAGGAGAAUGUUUACAGUGUCCUUUUGGCAAAAUCAAGGUCAGCUCUGCAGUCCUAUCUAAAAGCAGGGCGUGAAGGUGGGGGCAACCAGUCUGGAAGAAGCCCUGGUAAUCCAUUCAGUAAAGUGGCCCAGGAGUUUGGGUCCAGUAGGCCGGGACCCUGCGUGGCAGCAGACUCCCAGAGACCCGGCACCCCCCACUUACUGUUGACCCGCUUGCUGAGACUCCGCCAAUGUUGCUGCCACCUAUCUCUGCUGAAGUCGGCCCUGGACCCAGUAGAACUGAAAAGCGAGGGCCUAGCCCUUUCUCUGGAAGAGCAGCUCAGUGCCAUGACAUUGUCCGAAGUCUGUGAUAUGGAGCCAUCUCCCAUCAUUUCCCUUAAUGGUGAACGUUUCAAGGCAGAGCUUUUUGACAACACAAGAGCAAGCAGCAAGAUUUCAUCUCUGUUGGUGGAAUUGGAGGCAAUCCGAGGAAAUUCAGGGUCCCAAAAGAGUGUCAUUGUCUCCCAGUGGACCAGCAUGCUGCAGAUUGUAGCGUGGCACCUCAAGAAGCGUGGCCUGACUUAUGCCACCAUCAAUGGCUCUGUCAGCCCCAAACAGAGAAUGGACUUAGUGGAGGCAUUUAACAGCUCCAGGAGUCCCCAGGUUAUGCUAAUCUCUCUCUCGGCUGGAGGUGUUGGUCUGAACCUGACUGGAGGAAACCACCUUUUUCUUCUGGAUAUGCACUGGAAUCCAUCACUGGAGGACCAAGCCUGUGACCGAAUUUACCGGGUAGGGCAGCAGAAAGAUGUUGUUGUACACAAAUUUAUUUGUGAGGGAACCGUGGAAGAGAAGAUCUUACACCUCCAAGAGAAAAAGAAAACUUUGGCCAAACAGGUCCUAUCAGGAUCUGGCACAUCUGUCAAGAAGCUCACUUUGGCUGACCUCAAAGUCCUUUUUGGCAUCUAACUCCCUGUUUCUAGGGCUCAGGGUAAUGGCUUUGAGGGUUAGUGGUAGCGUCUGGGAUAGUGACCUGCAUAUGGCCCCCUGAGCCCUCCUCAGCUUCUCAUUUCACUGGCAGGCUCUCUAGGCCCUCCCAGGGAAAGGGGCACCAUCUUACCCCGGAACUGGGCGCCAGUUAUCCCAUUAAUCACUUGGUUCAUAAGUCAGUGUAAUCAACUUAUUUCAGGGUGACUGAGAAGCCAAGAAAUUACUUCAGAAAAAGGGAUGUGCUUAGAGUUAAAUAAUUUUGGAAAACAAUACCAGGGGAGCAUAAAAAAAGCUUCAGUAAAAGCUCCAAAGCCCUCUGUUGCCUUUUUCUUGUCAGCUCAGUGGGGACCAGUGUUACUGCUCUUUCCAACACCGGCUCCAUGCAGUCUCUCCCUAUUUGCUGCCAGGGAGGCUGCCCCUUUUGCCAUGUCUUGGAGCAGGGCACAGAGUGGGCCCCAAGGCCAGGCCUCUGCCGCUGCCUCUGACCAGACCAUUGUGGCACCCCAGCGCCAUAGCAAGGAAGUGCUUCACCCAUAAAUAGAUGUCUGGUAGGGUUUCGUUGUACCCUCCAGUAUCUGCUAUCAUUUCACUUUGUGUUGUUCCGGCGUUUCCUGUUGCUAGAGUAUCAUGUGCUGCUUGUAAAAUAAAAUUUACUACCUGA